GGGAUACGGCUUGUCACGACAGACCAUUGCAAGGUAUGGCCUUGAUGCUGUGAUGGUAUUUCACAGGCUGGCGAAAUUAACAUUUUAGGAUCGGUGUGUAAUCAAUUGACCUCUUUAUUGGUUCAACGUGAACUUGUGACCUGUGUGGUCUCGUCAACGCGUUCUACCUGUAUAUUAGAACCUGUGAUUUGGCGCUUAUGGGACUUUGUUAACGCUGAAGGCUCGCGGCGACUCGCGGCGACUGAGAGACGUGUGUACAUAUACCGAUAUCGUCUCGGCCAAGGUUGCGCUACAGGAUUAUCAGUACACUGGGGACAGUCGUGUGCACAUGGAGUAUUGUAUCUCACCACCUGUCGAUCCUGCCAUGACACUCCCUCCACACAAGCCAUCAGGAUCAGCUAUGAAGGAAUCGCGAUCAGAUGUUGACGCGGACAUGAAGUACAAUCUCUCUCUGUGUGGCAGUGGUUUCCUGGGGAUAUACCACCUGGGCGUGGCCUCAUGUUUAGUCAACCAUGGGCAGACACUUCUCUCGAAAGUGGACACCAUUGCAGGGGCAUCAGCAGGGUCACUGACGGCCGCCAUUCUGGUUAUUGCUCAAGAUAAAGUGCCAGAAUCUGUGGACUUCACCAAGAACCUUGCGAAGGAGAUCCGGUCGAAGCCUCUGGGGGUGAUGACGCCGCGCUACAGCCUCCUGAAGACUGUGGAGAAGUUCCUGGAGGGGAUGCUGCCUCAGAACGCCCACAAGACGGCAUCAGGGAAACUGUUCAUCUCACUCACCAACGUGGACACGAAAAAGAACGAGAUCAUGUCCCAGUUUGACAGCAGAGAUGAACUCAUCAAGGCCCUGAUUGCCAGUAGCUAUAUCCCCGGUUAUGCAGGACUUAAACCCCCCAAGAUCAAGGGACAUCGAUACAUCGAUGGUGGUGUCACCAACAACCUCCCAUCUCUCCGCGGCACUGGGAGGAACAUCACUGUGUCCCCAUUUUCUGGUCGCCAAGACAUCUGUCCCCGCGACAAGGCAGGGAAGGGAAUGUUCUUCCGACACAGUAAACAAGACUUCCAGGUGAACUUCAACAACCUGGUUCGUGUCACACAUGCUCUGUUUCCCCCAAAACAGAAGACUCUGGCCCAGUAUUUUGAAAUGGGAGAGAGAGAUGCCAGUCGGUUUCUCAGAAGGGAGGGCUUGUACGACACACCAAAACCUCGACCUGUCUACAAGAAGGUUACCCAGUAUGAGUCAACUGUAUAACUGCAGAGUUACUUACUCUUCGUAUGCCUGGAUCUGCUCGUUGUGGGUUCGAAUCACAAAUUAGCUUCGAUUAUGAUAUUAAGAUCCUUCCUGUCUUCAUCAGACUUAUGUAUCGCUUUGGGCAUUUCUCCCAUUUUGAGCUGACAAUUACAAACAAUUUCACUCAGCAUCACUUAUUUAUUAAGUGCCCAUUUUCUGCAGUUACUUAUAUCCUCAGUGUUCAUCUAUACAAUGUCCAGAUAGGCAUGGUAAGGAUACCUUCCGGCUCUGUUACCAUGGUUACACAGAUCCUCAUUUACUUUCAAAUUUGGUCUCGUAGGUAUUCAUAGUAUCUGGAUAUUGUGGGAUAUUGUCUUGAGAACAGUCUAUUUUGUUUAGGAAGGACAAUAGUUAUCAAGCAAUGUUAUGUUUGUGAAACAAGACCCUGGAACCUUCCUCUUCAGCAACCCAUGUUUGCCGUAAAAGGCGACUAUGCUUGUCAUAAGAGGCGACUAAUGGGAUCAGGUGGUCAGGCUCGCUGACUUGGUUGAUGCAUGUCAUUGCUCCCAAUUGCGUGGAUCGAUGCGCAUGAUAUCAAUCACUGGAUUGUCUGGUCCAAACUCGAUUAUUUACAGACCGCCGUCAUAUAGCUUGAAUAUUGCUGAGUGCGGCGUUAUACAACAAACAAACCAAAUCCUCUAAAGCAUGAAAUCAAACCAGCCAUUGUCACGAACAAUUUAUUCAACAGCUGCUCAUCUCAUUGCUGUAUGUAUGAAGGGAGCUAACCUUGUAAAUAUGUCUUCUCGUCCUUACAGUAGGUGAUAUGUACUGUGUUUUGUAAAUAUGUAAAUAGGCCAUGAAUAACAAGUCACAGUGGUGUUUUGUGUUUAAUCUGCGUCCAGAUGUCUGUUGUCAGUGUGGCUGGAGAGCGAGACCAUAUAGUGUCUUGUACUAGUUGUAGUCAGUCACCUGGACGUGAUAUUUAUACAAUGAUCAUUCAUUGAAUCAUUCUGUUUUCCUAUGGAAACGGUGGACGAUGCGGGUAAAUGAGCGUGGAACAAUGACAUCAGAAAGAUUUUGAACAAUAUGAAUGUUUAAUGUUGAAAGUGAUGUUUAGUCAGUUUUGUGGAAAUAUUUCAUGGAUGGUAUGAACAAUCAUAUGAAUAAUGUAAAGCAUACGGUUGUUCCUUGAAUAUAUACUCACCACCAAAUGAAACGCGAACUAUAGAAACAUAUAGAGAAGUAUGUUAGUUAAGAUUAGAUGUUUCCAAAGUGUACCAUUUCAUGACAAAACUAACAAUCAGUUAAGUGUUACCACAGAGUGUCUUUAUUCUUAUCACAAUAUGCUGCACAUGAUUUCAAAACUUUAUACGCUAAUCUUGCACGAGACAAAUGGUGCAUCUGGAGUCAUGGAUCUAUGACGUCACAUGUGAUGCGUUCAUGAGCGUUGGUUCACACAAAAAUAACACUAUGUUCGUUUGUGCAUCGGACCAAUAUAACAUCGCUUGACUAUAAGUAAUGCUUCAUGUAUUAACUAUCAUGUAUGGUCCUCACGUUUCUUUUGUCGGUGAGUAUAUUACACAAAUGAUACAAAGUUUGAAAUUUAUUUUAUUUUGUGACUUUUUAUUUAGUUGAGCUUUGUCAUGAUUGAAAUUUGGGACAUUUUCCAGGGUACAUUGUGUUACAGAUAUCUAAACAUGAUCAGUCAUUGUUCUGAUAUUAAUCAGUGAUUUUUUUCUGUUGUAAUUUUU